AUGGACGAAGGUGGCAAGCGCAAACACAGCUUUCGCCAGCAGCCUAACAAGCGGGCAAAGGCUGAGGAUGGCUCCGCGCUCAAGUCUGGCUUUGGUGCCAAGAUGCUGGCAAAGAUGGGAUACAAGGGCGAGGGUGGUCUGGGAAAAGAAGGCGCUGGUAUCUCAGAGCCUAUCCAGGUGGUGAACCGAGGCACCAAGGGCGGUAUUGGUAGCGUCGCAGAAAAGAGCGAACAGCAACGGCGCGAGGAGCGGCGCAAGGCCGAAGAAAAUGGCGAGAAGUAUGUCGACACGUCAGAAGAGGAGCGCCAGGAGAAGAAAAAGAGGAAGGCCAAGGCUCGGGGCGAGACACGAUCCUCAGCGCCACGACCGAAGAAGACCGUUUUCGAACUCGAACAAGCUGGCAUGCAUGUGCCGCUUGCGCUACAAUCCAUCAUCGACGCGACAACCGGCGCAUCGACCCCUACUUCAGGCGUGUCGCUCCGCGGUCCUGACAUUGUCCCAUUCGAGAACUCCCUACAAGCGCGCGUACGGAGAGAUUUAAACAGCUUCUCGGAGGCAUUCGAACAGCUGCAAGUAGAGUCGCAAGCCAUCCCUCCGCAGGAAUACGCGUUGCAGAAGGAAUUGGAAGCGCUCGAAAAGCAGAUGGACGAGCUGGAGGACCUACAAGCACGGAUAGAGUCACUGCGUACAGGUACCUUCGAGGUUGUCUGCGAAGGCCUCAAGAGCCUGCGCGCGGCUUACCCGUCCAAGCCACUACACCGUGAAUCUAUUGCCGUUAUACAUCCUCACUUCUCAAAAGCGGUCGCUUCGUGGGAGCCGCUCGAGGGUGCGUUGGAAGGCGUGGCCGCAGCUUUCUCCGAAAUGGCGAACAUCAUACAACCUCGAAGUAGGAGGGUUGCAUCCCAGGCCUACACCCACCCCUCUGAAGCACUGGUUAGUCGCACCGCAAUCGACGAAGAAGACACGAUAAAACGCGGCACUACGUCGUCAUAUGAGUCCAUGAUGCUCAAACACUGGCUGCCAAAAGUAAGCUCAGCGAUCACGCAGUGGGACGUCAAGAACCCCCAACCCAUGGUCCACCUGCUAGAAGUUUGGAAGCCAGUCCUCCCACCUUUCAUCGCGAAAAGAGUGCUGGAACAGGUGACUACAAAACUCUCCACUUCUGUCCACGAGUGGAACCCGCGAAAGUUCAAGAAGAGCCCACACACAUGGGUCGUCGAGUGGCUGCCUUUCCUUAGACCAGCUGACUUGGACCCCAAGGGAUCAGGCCUGGUCGCCGAGAUCAAGCGCAAGAUCCGACAUGCGCUGCAAUCUAUCGAUCUCUCCAAAGGUCCGCUACCAGGUAUGGAACAAUGGAAAAAGGUAUUUGGAAAGGCAGAGUUUGAUCAUCUACUCACUUCCCAUCUGGUACCCCGCUUGUCCGCCUUCCUACGAGACAGCUUUGAGAUCAACCCCGCUGAACAAGACCUCGCGCCACUCGAGGCUGUGUUCGCCUGGAAGGGACUGAUAUCGAAUGAGGUUAUUGGAGAGCUUCUGAAAGCACAGUUCUUUCCCAAGUUCCUCGAGAUUAUCCACCAAUGGCUCACGAGCCCGGAGGUGGUCUUUGAGGAAGUCCAGACGUGGCUUACGUGGUGGAGGACUGAGAUCUUGCAGGACGACAUCAACAAUCUGCCUUCAGUCGCCUCGUCAUGGAACGAGGCAUACUCACUCAUCAACACGGCAUUGGAUCUUGGAGAUGCGAGACUGACAGACUUGCCCGCGCCCCAGGUGGAAAGCACGGGAGCUUCACCAGAGGUGUCUCAGUUCUCCAAAUCCGUCAACCAACAAGCAUCUCGGCCUACACCACAAGUAGACGAGCCAACUUUCAAGGACAUUGUAGAAGAGUUCUGCGCCGAAGAGAAUCUCCUUCUCCUUCCUCUCCGCGAAGCCCACGACCAGACCGGUCUACCGCUUUUCCGUGUCACAGCAAGCGCGACGGGACGCGGAGGCGCAGUGGCGUAUCUCAAAGGCGACAUCCUGUGGGUGCAAAACAAGAAAGACAAGAGUCUCUGGGAGCCUACCGGUCUGGACGCAAAGCUCAUAGCCAAGGCAGAGGGCAAGUGA